CGGUGAACGUCCUUCGUCAUCUCUCCGUGACACAUCAACACGCAGCUUUUUUUUGCGUGAGACGAGCUCACAGUGACAACAAAACGUGUCUCCGUGUGCGUUAAGAGAAGCGUGACUGAAAGCGUUCGUCCAAAAAAACGCUCAUUUAACAUUUUUUAACAUUUCCCGGCGUGUCGUAUUCAGGUGGCGAGCGGAGGCUGCAGGCGGUUCGUGGCACACCGACGGAACCCCGUUCACAUCCACCGUGGAUUUAGUGUCAACUCCACACUGCAGCCGGUAGGAGUCCGUUGAGUGGUUCAGGAUGAAUGAAGAAGAGCUGGUGGAGUACUUCAGGGCUCAGAUGAUGAAGGAUCCGGACAUGGCCUCUGCUGUGGCCGCUAUCCGCACUCUGCUUGAGUUCCUAAAGAGAGACAAAGGAGAAACUAUCCUGGGCCUGAGGGAGAGCCUGAUGUGGGCAACAGACUGCCUGACAGGAGUGGACUCCUCUGUGGCCGUGUCCUCGGGGGGAGAGCUCUUCCUGCGCUUCAUCAGUCUCACAUCGCUGGAGCAUCAGGAUCUGUCUCGCUGCAAGAAGGUGAUGGAGGAGAGAGGAGAACUGUUUCUAGAGAAGAUCUCAAUGUCCAGGACCAAGGUUGCUAAGCUCUGUCACACCUUCAUCAAAGACGGUGCUAAAAUCCUGACUCACUCGUACUCCAGAGUCGUCCUCAGGGUGAUGGAAAAAGCCGCAGAGGAGAAGAAACGCUUCUCUGUCUAUGUGACUGAAUCGCAGCCUGACUCAGCUGGGCGACAGAUGGCCGAAGCCCUGAGAAAACUCAAUGUUCCAGUAACAGUAGUCCUGGAUGCAGCUGUGGGGUAUGUUUUGGAGAAAGUCGACCUAGUUAUUGUCGGUGCAGAGGGAGUCGUUGAGAGCGGAGGGAUCAUCAACAAGAUCGGCACUUAUCAGAUGGCCUUGUGCUCUAAAGCUCACAACAAGCCCUUCUACGUCGUCGCAGAGAGUUUCAAAUUCGUCCGCUUGUACCCGCUCAACCAACAGGACGUGCCCGAUAAAUUUAAGUACAAAGCAGACACCCUGAAGACUGUACAGAACCUGUCAGAAGAACAUCCUAUGAUUGACUACACGCCUCCCUCGCUCAUCACCCUCCUCUUCACUGACCUGGGAGUCCUCACCCCGUCUGCUGUCAGCGAUGAACUCAUCAAGCUUUAUUUAUAACCGUGCCUCUCAAUUCUCAAUAAAAACCCAUUAUCAAAAGGGAAA